GACUCAUGGCGAAAGCGGGCACUGGUGGGACCAGGGGAGAGGCCGACGCUCGGCUUGGGGCCGCAAGCCCUAGCCUGCAUCCUGUCCCUAACUCUCGUGCCUACAAGGGACGGACAGAAUGACGCCCUCCACUUUCAGUUUUCUCUCACGACAAAUCGGACCUGGGUCGUCGCUGCCUGCAGACCUGGAUCUUAUAAGAAGUGGAACGGCCCAGUGUCCUCACUGCACUGAGCACGUCCAAGCUUUCGAUAGCUCUUUUGUUAAGAAAUUCUUCCUCCAAGUCGUGCAGAUACCGUUUUUGUGCAGUAUGAAUGUUGCCAAGUUGUCCCAUAGUCUUCAGACAUUUUGGCAGUUGAUCAUGGCAACCAUAGAAGAAAUUGCACAUCACAUUAUUGAACAACAGAUGGGAGAGAUUGUUACAGAGCAGCAAACUGGGCAGAAAAUCCAGAUUGUGACAGCACUUGAUCAUAAUACCCAAGGCAAGCAGUUCAUUCUUACAAAUCAUGAUGGCUCUUCUCCAAGCAAAGUCAUUCUGGCCAGGCAAGAUGCCGCUCCAGGAAAAGUUUUCCUCACAACUCCAGAUCCAGCAGGUGUCAACCAGUUAUUUUUUACCACUCCUGAUCUGUCUGCACAACACCUGCAGCUCCUAACAGAUAAUUCUUCUCCAGACCAGGGACCAAAUAAGAUUUUUGAUCUUUGCGUAGUAUGUGGAGACAAAGCAUCAGGACGUCAUUAUGGAGCAGUAACUUGUGAAGGCUGCAAAGGAUUUUUUAAAAGAAGCAUCCGAAAAAAUUUAGUAUAUUCAUGUCGAGGAUCAAAGGAUUGUAUUAUUAAUAAACAUCACCGAAACCGCUGCCAAUACUGCAGGUUACAGAGAUGUAUUGCGUUUGGAAUGAAACAAGACUCUGUCCAAUGUGAAAGAAAACCCAUUGAAGUAUCACGAGAAAAAUCUUCCAACUGUGCCGCUUCAACAGAAAAAAUCUAUAUCCGAAAAGACCUUCGUAGCCCAUUAACUGCAACUCCAACUUUUGUAACAGAUAGUGAAACUACAAGGUCAACAGGAUUGUUAGAUUCAGGAAUGUUUGUGAAUAUUCAUCCGUCUGGAGUAAAAACUGAGUCGACUGUGCUGAUGACGUCAGAUAAGGCUGAAUCAUGUCAGGGAGAUUUAAGUACAUUGGCCAGUGUGGUUACAUCAUUAGCGAAUCUUGGAAAAACUAAAGAUCUUUCUCAAAAUAAUAAUGAAAUGUCUAUGAUUGAAAACUUAAGCAAUGAUGAUACCUCUCUGUGUGAUUUUCAAGAAAUGCAGACCAAUGGUGAUGUUUCAAGGGCAUUUGACACUCUUGCAAAAGCAUUGAAUCCUGGAGAGAGCACAGCCUGCCAGAGCUCAGCAGCAUGCAUGGAAGGAAGUGUACACCUCAUCCCUGGAGAAUCAAGCAUAAAUUAUACCGAAAAAGAGGGGCCACUUCUCAGCGAUUCACAUGUAGCUUUCAGGCUCACCAUGCCUUCUCCUAUGCCUGAGUACCUGAAUGUGCACUACAUUGGGGAGUCUGCCUCCAGAUUGCUGUUCUUAUCAAUGCACUGGGCACUUUCAAUUCCUUCUUUCCAGGCUCUAGGGCAAGAAAACAGCAUAUUACUGGUGAAAGCUUACUGGAAUGAACUUUUUACUCUUGGUCUUGCCCAGUGCUGGCAAGUGAUGAAUGUAGCAACUAUAUUAGCAACAUUUGUCAAUUGUCUUCACGGUAGUCUUCAACAAGAUAAAAUGUCAACAGAAAGAAGAAAAUUGUUGAUGGACCACAUCUUCCGACUACAGGAGUUUUGUAACAGCAUGGUUAAACUCUGCAUUGAUGGAUAUGAAUAUGCCUACCUGAAGGCAAUAGUACUCUUCAGUCCAGAUCAUCCAGGCCUAGAAAACAUGGAACAGAUAGAGAAAUUUCAGGAAAAAGCUUAUGUGGAAUUCCAAGAUUAUAUAACCAAAACAUAUCCAGAUGACACCUACAGGUUAUCCAGACUACUACUCAGAUUGCCAGCUUUAAGACUGAUGAACGCUACCAUCACUGAAGAAUUGUUUUUCAAAGGUCUCAUUGGCAACAUACGAAUUGACAGUGUUAUCCCACAUAUUUUGAAAAUGGAGCCUGCAGAUUAUAACUCUCAAAUAAUUGGUCACAGCAUUUGAAAGCUACAACUCCAAAGCUAUAAACUUAACUGUUCUUUGCCAGAACACAACAUACCAAAUUGAACUUACUGCUUUUGGGGCAUCUGGAAAUUUUUACUUUAAAAACCAAAAUCCAAGGUAUUUUUAUUUUAGCUUCCUUAAGAAUUUUUGAAGUGACUGGGCAGGCAGCAGAAAUUAAAUGAAUUUUUCUUCCUGAUUCCUUUAAAUGAAUAAGAAACACUACACAUUGAUUCUUGGUGAAGAUGAUAUCUGAAGCUGUUACCUCUUGAUUAUCUAAACUAAGCUCUCAUUCUAUUUUAUAAAACAAAUAAAUUAGUCCGUCUUUACUGAAUUGUGUUCUAGUCAUAUUUAACUUCAUUAUGAACUAGUAAAAAUAGUUAAUGUCCAGAAAUCCUUAAUGAGGAGUUCCUUGCAUUUUACUCUGCCAUAAUAAUUUCUGUUUUAAUUACCAUAUCAAAAUAAGAUUAUUUUAUGCUUAUUGGUAUAAUGACUAUAUUAGAACUAUAGGAAAUAAUUGAAUAUAUAUUUUUGAUUUCUGUAAAUAUCAUGGUGUCCCUUAGCAAAUACCACUCUUAUUGGUGGCGGUGAGAUAGGCCUUUUAUGAUCUUAAGAGUUUCUAUUUUUAAUGUAUAUUAUUAGUUACAAGCACUUUUUAUUUAUAUAGCAGAAAAUUGUUUUUGAGAAUAAGCUAGUAUUGAUAUUUUAAUAUUUUUAGCUUCCUGCUGUGUUGUUUUUUGUUUUCAUUUAUAGAAGUGGGAUUUCACUGUGUUGCCCAGUCUGGUCUCAAACUCCUGGGCUCAAGUAUUCCUGCCUCAGCCUCCCAAAGUACUGGGAUUACGGGCGUGUGCCACUGUGCCUGGCCUACUGCUAUCUUUUGAAAGUAAAGACUAGCCAGGCAUGGUGUCUCAUUCUUAUAAUCCCAGCACUUUGGGAGGCUGAGGCAGGCAGAUUGCUUGAGCUCGGGAGUUCAAGACCAGCCUGGGCAUUACAGUGAGACCCUGUUUCUAUAAAAAGAAAGAAAGAAAUAGAGACUAAGUGAGCCCAAAAUGUUUCACUAUUUCAAAAAAGAUAUUAAAAUUGUUGCUCUUUCAUUCCAUAAAAAAGGUCUGAUCUCUCUCCCACUUUUCUGACCUGAAUUAGAGUUUCCCAACCCUGUCAUACAUGAGUUUUAGCCAGUUUUUUUUUAGGUCACUA